GUUUCUAUUAAGUGACAUAUAGUGUUGAAGGACCCACAAAAUGUACUUAAUAUUAUUAAAACUAAUAUUGUUACAGACUGCUUUACACGCAUCAGGUUCCACGGUGAACAACGAUGAGGACUUGCCAAAAUUGAAAUGGAGUUCUACCUACAGCCUUGAAGGAGAAAGAUGGUCCCUGACUGGGGGCUGGAUUGAAGAUUUUAAAUUUUGGCGUACAACCAAAAAAUCUCGAGCUGACUUCAAUAAUGGAGCCGUGAAAUUAUUCAAUUUUAGAGGAAAACGAAGGUCUGCUUAUAAAUUUGGCGUUGAAUUUACUAUAAAUCCUAUCACAACGAAAGAAGCAGAAAUUAAGUUGAAUUGUACAAAAAGAGAAGGUGACAUUUUGCACAGAAUUUCUCUUCAUAAACUUCUUCCUGAUGUGCAUGAUUUUGAAUACGUGGGUAAAGAAGAUACACAAGUACCGAAUGUGCAUAAAUUCGUACAUGAGAGCGACGAAGAAAAUGAUUAUACUAAAAGGAUUUUGAUCGCGCAUUUAAUUGAAAAUAAAACGUGGAUACCUAUCAAGUUGGAAGAAAUUGAAUUUAAUGAUUGGUUAGGACGCCUAACUAAACAUUUAGUGUGGCAUUACUAUAACUUCAAAACUGUGGUCGAUGAGAAGGUUUUCAGUGUGGACGAAUACCCCUGUGAAAGCCACAAACAACCGUCAAAAUUAAAUGAAGUUACAAUAACAAAAGAUUUAUCAUUUAGUCACACAAACGACGAAGAACAUGUCGCGCGUAUAUUCAAGAGCUUCACGCAGAAACAUAGAAGGGUUUACAAGGAUGAAAAUGAACACGAAAUGAGGAAGGCUAUAUUUCACAAAAACAUGAGGCGUAUCAUAGCUAACAACAAUAACAAUAAUAGUGGAUUUAAACUUGGUGUCACUAAAUUUGCUGACCGUACCCCGGAAGAAAUGAAAAGGAUGAAAGGACUGUUAAAACGGAAACAAGGUGAAGUCGGGACGGUACCGUUCGCAUAUACACCUUCACAAAUAAAAGAGUUAUCCAAAAGUUUACCGGAAACUUUUGAUCAUAGAUUAUAUGGGAGGAUAACACCAGUUAACGAACAAGAAGAUUGCGGAUCGUGUUGGACCUUCGGGACAACUGCAGCUGUGGAAGGUGCACUAGCACGUGCUAAUGGCGGGAGGCUUAUCAGACUCAGCAACCAAGCUCUUAUUGACUGCGCUUGGGAAUUCGGUGCGCAGGGGUGCGACGGCGGGACGGACGUCGUUGCUUAUAAAUGGAUGAUGAAGUAUGGUCUACCGACUGAAGAGGAAUACGGUUCUUAUGAGAACAAGGAUGGUUUCUGUCGUAUUAGCAAUAUGACAAAUUUAUAUACCAUACAAGGAUUUGUUGACGUCACCCCGUUUAGCGUGGAAGCUCUUAAAGUGGCGUUGGUGUAUCACGGCCCUCUUUCAGUAUCAAUGGACGCUACAGAUCUGCUGAGCCUUUACACCCAGGGUAUAUUUUACGAUCCUUAUUGUACCAACACAGACCUGAACCACGAGGUAACUCUAGUUGGUUACGGCGUGAAUGAUGGAGAGGAAUAUUGGAUCGUCAAGAACUCAUGGGGUCCGUACUGGGGUAUGGACGGUUACUUCCAUAUCUCACAGGACAAUAACUGCGGGAUCACUACUGAACCCACUUAUGUUGUAUUUUAAAACGAAUAAUCGUAUGGUUUUAUAGGUUUAAUCUAAUUUUUAUAUACGCUUAAUUGUUUGUUUUUAUCUAUUAAACAUCUGUUUCCUUUGAAGUGUUCUGCUGGUCGCAGAAACAUUUGCUUGGGUUCGAUGCAGACAGACAACUUUUUAACCAAUAAGAUCAUAAUAUGUAUAAAACAGCGGAAGCUGGUAUAAAAAUUGGAUUAGCAUAUAAUUAAUUUUUUUGUUAAAGGCUUUAUCUUGAUCGUAAAAGUUUUAAAUAUUAAUUUAGUGUCCUAGAAAGCAAGAUUGCACGUGUAUUAGAAGUUUUAUUUACGCUUAAGAAAAUAAAUGAAUUGAAUCAAU